AUGGGCAACGUUAUGGCACCCCACACUGAAGAUGAGCAACCUUCAACUCCAGGCUCGGGCACUACAGCACUUCCCAAGACCUGGGUUCCUGUUAACGAGGAUCCUCUCUUCGCUCCUAAGAAAAUGAGAGUUGUGACCGCUGGUGCUGGACACGCCGGUUUGAUGUUUGCAUACAAAAUGCGGCAUGAGAUCAAGGUCGAGGACUUUGUGGACCAUGUUAUCUAUGAGAAAAAUCACGACGUUGGUGGUACUUGGCUGGAAAACAGGUACCCAGGUGUUGCUUGCGAUGUUCCAGCGCACAUCUAUACCUACUCCUGGGAGCCAAAUCCGAACUGGAGCUCUUUCUACUGUGGUGGCGAAGAAAUCUUCCAGUACAUCAAAAAUACGGCCGAAAAGUAUGAUCUUACUCGUGACGUUGUUUUUAACUCCAAGAUAAUUGAAGCUAUCUGGAACGAGUCACGAGGAAAGUGGGAGCUCAAGAUCGACCAACAAGGAACUAUCAUCUCCGAUGAGUGUGAGGUCUUUAUCGAUGCUUCAGGAAUCUUAAACAAAUGGAGGUGGCCUGACAUUGAGGGUCUUGGGUCUUUUGAAGGACAUCUUGUUCAUAGCGCCCAGUGGGACAAGGGCUAUGACUUUACCGGAAAGAGAGUUGGUAUUAUCGGAAAUGGAUCUUCCGCCAUCCAAAUCGUUCCUCAAUUACAAAAGGUUGCUGGACACCUUACAAAUUUCAUGCGCUCACCAACAUGGAUCAGUGCCGGAUUUUCCUCAGAAUUUACCCCAGAGGGAAAAAACUUUAAAUACACCGAAGAGCAAAAGGCGGAGUUCAGAGAUAAGCCAGAGACUCUGACUAAAUAUCGCAAAGAAAUUGAAAAUGCGUUCAACCAUUUCUUUUACGCUCUUAUCAACGACUCCCCUGAAAACAUUUACAUCACCGACAUGUAUAGGAAAAUCAUGAGAGAGCGUCUUGGCGGUGACGAAGAGCUUAUUAAGCAGUUCAUCCCCAAGUGGCGUGUUGGAUGCAGAAGGCUUACACCCGGCGAGGGGUAUCUUGAGGCACUACAAGAAAGAACUGCACAUAUACCUGAUGCCAUAAUCUGCGCUACAGGCUUUGACGUCUCGUUCGUUCCGCGGUGGAAAUUAGAGGGCAAUGAUGGAAAGAACCUCGACUCUUGGGCACAAAACCCAGAGGCGUACCUUGGAAUCCACGCCCCUGAUAUUCCGAACUAUUUCAUCAUCAACGGACCUAACUGUCCUAUUGGCCACGGCUCCCUGUUGGCUGUGAUGGAGUGGACUUCGGAGUACAUCUUGCGAUGGAUCAGAAAGAUGGCAUCAGAAGACAUCAAGUCUUUCGUUGUCAAAAAGGAUGUAUUAGAAGAGUACAAUGUUUACACACAAGAAUACCUUAAACGGACUGUUUGGUCUAGUGGGUGCAAAUCGUGGUACAAGAACGGAAGCGUUGAUGGUAAAGUCACCGCGACAUAUGCAGGCAGUGUCAUCCAUUACAAAGAGCUCAUCGAUAGCAUUCGGGGCGAGGACUUCAACUUCAAGUACAAUGGUGCCAACAGGUUCAAGUUCAUGGGCAAUGGUAAAACACAGCUGGAAAUGGAUCCUGAUGCGGACUUGUCGUUCUAUGUGUACAAAUAG